UUAUAUUGAAAACAAAGGACUAAAAAUGUUGGUUGAAGAAAGAAAAAAGAGAGAGAAGAAACAUGGCUAAGAUGACUUUAACAUCUCAGCCUAGCAUCAGUUUUCUUGUUCAAAAACCAUUACUAAGCCCUUUCCCACUCAUUCAAUCUUAUGCUCUUAAGAGAAACCUUAGGAGUUUCCAAGUUCAUGCAAAGUUGGGUGGAGCAGAUGAAGGCAUCAAGAAACCAGAUGACAAGAAGAAAUUCAUCACCAAAGAACAGGAACCAGAACAGUACUGGCAGACAGCAGGAGAAAGGGAAGGAGAGAAUCCAAUGAUGACACCACUCCCGUACAUCAUCAUUUUCGGAAUGUCCACUCCUUUCAUAAUCUUAGCAAUUGGUUUCUUCAAUGGUUGGAUUAAAGUCCCUAUUCGAUAAGCAAAGUCGAACGGAGAAUUUACAAAGUCGAACGGAGAAUUUACAGAAGAAAGAAAGAGAACAAAUGCAUCUGAUUAAUGACGAUGAAUGGUAAACAGCUGAAAAACAACAUUUUGCAAUUUUCACACUCAACUUUCCACUACCCCGAAUCAGCUUUAUAUAUGUAUACCUUGUCAAUUUGUAAGCUUUUUCUUGAAUGGGUAUGCUCAUGUACUUGUUAUGUUUCUGUCAAUAGAAAUUUUCUUGUGACAAAUAAA